CUUGACAGUGGCAAUCAAAACAAACUGAAAAACCACCAAACAGGGAAGAAGCUACUCUGUUUUGAUGGCAGCUUUUGAUCGUGUGAAACAAAGUUUCGCACUUCAAUUGCUAAAUUGCUGAAAAAUUUAUCGCGAUUUAGAUAUUGAGAAAUGUAUCGAUUUAGCAAAUAAUAACUUGAACAAAUGGAUAACAGUAGGCUGUGAAGUACAACGAAGCACUGUAAGGUCGUUUACAGAUCGAUUACUGAUUGCACAAAUUGGACGUUAUCACACUGCAACAUGUUACUUAGAAAGGCCGUGAACAAUGUUUUCUGGAUUUGUUGCUUGUUGGCUUUGUUGUUCUCGUACUUCGAUAAAAGUUUAAAGCACCUCCUCCGCCGGGGUCGUGUGAGACAACUGAAACAUUCCCAAACAAUUCACCAUGCAUGGAACAUUUGCUUCUUCACCGCGGCCACGAUAUACCUCACAUUAUAUCACAAACUUUUGAUAAACCCUGAGAUUGCGAACCAGAGCAGUAAAUACUUUCCUCAAUACAACAACACAAUCUUUCUGACGGCUUGCGAUGUGGUCAAAUUUGAGUUCGUAACGAUGCUGUUAGUCGCCUUUGACCUUAAUGGCGCAGUGGGCAGGGCCAAGCAUGGUGACUAUUCGGAGGCUAUUUCGAAGCUUUUCUACGCCUCAUUGCUGAUCUGUUGUUUCGUGCUUCGCUUGGAGAACUACAGUGUAUUAUUGAAUCUUUACCUAGGAAUAUUCAAUCUUAUACAAGAGUUACUACUUCUACUUUCGCUACACACGAAGGAAAAAAGUGAUAGUACUUUGAAGCUGUAUGUGAUAUUUAUUUUUAGUUCUUGGUCCUACCUGUUCCUAAACGUUCUACCAUUUGAGUUUCUCAUUCCGACCCUCUAUGCUAAUAGCAAGGAGCUUUAUCUAUAUCUGAAUCUCUUUUUCUGGUUAUGGUACUGUUCGUGUAUUUGGAACUCUCCGAUCCUGAAAUACUUCUACCAUAAAAUCUAUCAUUUGCAAACGAACGACUGCAUCGGAGGAGAGUCAUCCGUGCGCUGCAUCUUGUUCAAGGAUUCUCCCAAUUAUCGACAUUAUCGUUCUGUUAAGCAGGCAUAUCUGGAGCUGAAAUUGUUCCAUGACAAGAGCAAAAUAAGCGGAUCACGUCAUAGAGAAGGCGAAAAUUCGUCAACAAAAGUGCUUCAAACUAUAAAAUGCGUAUUGGCAGUGAAGCGAAAAUUGAAACGUAUGCGAGAAAAUCGUGAUCAGUUGUGCGAAGACUGAUGGUAUUAUGCAUAAUUUCCACUAAUUAGGUAGGUAGUUACGAAACAAACAGAAACAUACACCUCAUCAGUGCAAACAGCUUUUCAAGCAAUUGAACAUAACCUCAAUGCGGACAAGCCGGACAUAGCUUCUAAGGUUUACUUUGUAAUCUAGCGAGAAAAUACGAUACAGAGGGAGGCUGAGUAAAUAAAUUUCGCAUAUUUAGCAAA